AUGGGGAUUCAUUGGACAGUGUACCUUUACGGCAUUGCGCCAUGUAUGGGUGGUCUAGCAUUCGGCUAUGAUACAGGAUCUAUGAGUGGAAUCUUGGCCAUGCCCCAGUUCCUGAAUUACAUGGACAACCCUUCCAACUUUCUCCAAGGUGGAAUGACAGCUUCCAUUCAGGCUGGCGCAUUCGCUGGAUCCCUCCUGACCGGAGCCUUCUUGGCUGAUAAAAUAGGGCGGAGGAAAACCAUCCUUUUUGGCUCUGCACUUUUCACGAUUGGGAUAAUUAUCUCAACUGUGGCAAAUGGUGUCGCCGCGCUAGUGGCUGGUCGUGUAAUCAAUGGAUUAGGAAAUGGUUGCCUGGCGAUGAUGGUGCCGAACUAUCAGAGCGAGAUUGCUCCACGAGAAAUCCGGGGUCGCAUUAUCUCUGUCCAGCAGUGUUUUAUCAAUUUCGGUAUUCUUGUGGCGUUCUGGAUCCAAUAUGGUACUAGCCACAUUGAUGGGCAAGCUGCAUGGCGUAUCCCUAUUGGCAUCCAGAUGGUUCCUACUAUCAUCCUACAUAUCACUUUUUACUUCAUGCCAGAAUCUCCUCGAUGGCUUGUCCAGCAAGAUAGACUGCAAGAUGCACUUCAAGCUUUGGCAAAGGUGCAUUCAAGAGGAGAUACCAGUGAUCCUUAUGUGAAAGCUGAGAUGGCGGAAAUCGUUGCUAAAAUUGAAUGGGAGAAGCGUAAUCCACCUAUUACAUACGCCGCAAUGCUGUUUGGCUUAGAGGCACGCCGAACAUGGUUAGCAAUUGGUGUGCAACUCUGGCAACAAGUAACGGGCAUCAAUGUCAUUAUGUAUUAUGCCGUAUUUCUAUUCCAGCAAGCAGGAUUAGGCUCCACCUCUUCCUCUCUCCUUGCGAAUGGCCUCCAAGGUGUUAUCUUAAAUAUAUUCACUCUGCCUGACAUGUAUUUCAUGGACAAAUGGGGUAGACGAAUUCCCAUGAUUAUUGGAGGGUUCGGAAUGGGCGUGGCCAUGAUGUUGAUUGGAGUUAUUAUGAAGACAACGGGCGACCCGAUCUACGACUCUUUAACGAAAAAGACAAAUUUUCAUUUCGCGGACCAGAAUGCAUCUAACGCCUGUAUUGCAUUUGUUUAUAUCUACGUUAUGGUUUUCGCAUUAACCUGGGCAUGUGUUGCAUGGGUUUACCCCCCAGAAUUGUUCAGUAUGAAUAUGCGUGGACGAGGCACAUCGCUUUCUUCAGCGACAAACUGGUUUGUGAAUUUCUGGUUCGCGCUGUAUAUCCCGACUGCAAUGGACAAAAUCUCAUGGAAACUCUAUAUAAUUUUCAUGGCCCUCUGCUACGUCAUGGCCACGGUUGUCUAUUUUUUCUACCCAGAAUCUGCAGGCAAAACACUGGAAGAAAUGGAUUUCCUCUUUACCAAAGAUAGAACCCCUUGGGUGUUCCGGGACCCCGAGGCUAAAAAAAUCGGUGCCAUUUUCGAACGCGAUAUGGCCCAUGGUCAAGCGCUUACGGCUUUCGAUUCUGGUAAAGCCACAGAACUGACACACGUGGAAACUGUCGCUGGGGUGGAGGAAACAUCGACGAAGGCUGGUGAGGUGUAG